AAUUCAAAGUGGGUCAAUUGUUUCCGAACUCUGAACUCCAAAACACGACAGAGAAAGUGUCAAAAAAUUAAUUUUCAAGUUUUAUUUAAGCAAACAAUUGUAUUCAGAGAAAUUAUUAUUUAAAAAUGCCUCGAACUUGUUGUAUUUGUGGAUGUGUUACCAGCACAGAAAAUCAACGUCGACUUUUUAAAUUUCCAAACGAUGAGGAAACUAGAAAUAAAUGGUGGAAUGCUAUUGGAAAUCACUUAAGAAAAGGAAAAUGUAAUCGAAGUAAUUUAUUUGUUUGUAAUCAACAUUUUGCAGAAAAUUGUUUUCAACGUGAAGUAAUUGAAGUAUUAAGAGAUGGAUGUGAAGUAAGUUUGCCAAGAAAAUGUGUCACUUUAAAAAAGGACAGUGUUCCGUCAAUUUUUGAGAAUGUUGGCAAAUCAAACACGGAGAACAAUGGAGAAAGUGCUCUUAAUAAUUUGGAUCAAAUUGCAACUAUUGACAUUAAACAGGAACCUACAGAAGAAUUACUUGAUAUUGAAACUCAUAUUAAAAUUGAAGAUGUGAAAACUAACGAAGAUGAAGAGACUAAUUCAUCAGGUACCAUGGAUUCACAAUCAGCGCGUUGUCUUUAUCAUAAACGAGAAUUAUCUCCCACUUCGCAGAGAAGAGUAAAUAUUGCGAAACACGUUAUGGGUCUUCAAGUAUCGACACCAAUUAAACAACCAAUAAAUACGUCGAAAAUAAUUUGCUUGGAUCCAAAUUUUAAACCAUAUACAAAAUUAGAUUUACUAAGUGAUUGGAAUUCAAGAGCUAUUGAUACUUUUCCCAAAUAUUGGGGAAUGACUGAAGUAGACGAUGGUAUAUUUUUUGGAUAUGUUGGAGAUGUUCCUUAUGAAGUUACAAGGGGAAUAUUAGUUAAAAAUGAUAUGUCUGUCGAAGUAAGAGCACGUAAUCGUGUGUCAAAAUUCCCAGUGAUUGAUAAUGUUACAUCUAUAGAAAUUUUACGCUCUGCGAUGAUACAAGUUGUGUGUUUAAAAUUGUGCGAUAUGGCUGGACAAGAGGAAUGUGAAAAUCGUUUUUUUCUCCCUAUUCCAAAGUCAAAGAGUAAUAAAUGUAAAGACUGUCAAAUUCAUAGUAGACGGGAAAAACAUAAUGUUAAUCGUAUGGAAAAUCGUUUUAAAAUCAAAGAAAGUCAAGCAAUUACCACUAAUACAGAUCUAAAACAAAAAUUAAGUCAAUCUACAAAGACAAUUGAGUCUAUGCGAAAAUGCAUUUAUAAUUUAAUUAUACCUUCAUUGCUAAAUGAAGAAUCAAUGGAGGAUGCAAUAAAAUAUCUACCAGAAGAAAUGCAAAAUGAUAUUAAAACUAAUUAUAUACGUAAAAUAAUUAAACUCGAUAGUACAUAAAAGUUACAAAAAAUACAAAAAACACCAAUAACUCCUUUUAUAUUGAGAAUAAAUGAAUUUUACAAAGCAUUAUUUGAGGAGAUAAUAUUCAGAAUUUCCUUAUCGUAUUGAUUUGUUAAUUGAAUUCAAUUGUUC